GGGUUUUGCUGAAUUUUUAUCAAGUGGAAAAGGGUUUUGGCUAUUGUCUAAUCCGACCCUUUUGGUCGAAGAUGGAGGCGAUGAUAAAGAAAUUCCAGCAACGGUUCAGGAAGGUUCGAGAAGAAAUGAAUCGGUGGGAUGAGCUUCAAUCUCUCUUUGUUUUACAGUUCAGAAACGCCUCUUCAAUCAUAGAGAGAUUACAGGCACUUCAGGAUUCCAAGAAUUAUGGUAAUUUGAAUGGUGUUAGUGGCAUCAAAGACGCGGUAUUGAUGAAGCAGAUGGAGUCGUUACAGAAUAUUUUCCUUUCGAUGGCAAAGACCUUGGAAGAGUUUCAUGGUAUUACUUUGUCUCUUGGGAAGAUUCACCGUGAUGGUAGGCAAAUGGUCAAAGGUGGUACUAAUCGGCUGACUGAAAAACAAUUGCAGCUACGCAUUGGGAUCAAACCGACUCUUGCAUAUUGCUUGGAUGGGCUUAUGACUCUUCAUGAGAUGUAUCAAUCUGAGUACAAUCUUAAAGUAUCGCUGUUUUCAGCACUUUCAGCUGUUACCUUGAAACCCAAUCUCGGUGACCUAAAUGCAAUCCAGCAAUUCUUGGUUGAUCAGCCUAACAUUCCCAUGGAAGAAGUUCAAUUCAUGUUUGAUAUCAUAUUUGCGGAAGAUACCACUUAACUUUUUCCCCAUAUUCAAGUUCCAAAAUUCUGUAGCUUUGGUCACCUAAAAUUGUGUAAGAGAUGGAAAUUCUUGUUUUUUCAUGGAGACGGAAAUCCCGAUUUUUGUGGGGAUUCGGUGUACUCAUACGUCUGGUUCAAGGAGUCUGGCGCUUUCAUGUUCUGAAGCUCACAAGACCUCGAAUUCUUUAAGGAAAUUUAUUUAUUUAUUAUUAUUAUUAUUUUUAAAUUCUUAACUAAAACUCAUCUCUCUGCCAAUAGUGAUGUAACACCCCUGGAUCUCCAAAGCAGCUUGCUGAGAAAAAUGCUUGUCAUUCUCCUUCUACUUUAGUUAUACACAGAAAAAGAUUAAAAAGAAAUGGUACAGGGUACCGAGUAUGUGUGUAUGUAAAUAUACAUAUAUACACGUUAAGAUAUUUUUUUAUGUACAUUCUUUAAGUGAGUGCACUAAGUUUGAGGCCAAGC